UGCACUUCCGGGGGCAUAGAGCGGGGCUCUAGAGUCUUCCGGUAGGCGGUGCGGGAGGAGAAAGGCUUGAGGGGCAGGGCCGGGCGGAUCCCCUUCUCUCCCAAUGUGAGCAGUGUCCCGAGCCCCCGUCAGGCGAAAGGCUGCAUAGAGAGGUGGAGCCGGUGGCCGGGCCGGGAACAUGAGGCAGUGUCUCCUCUUCUUGACCAGCGUGGUUCCUUUCGUGCUGGCGCCACGACCUCCGGACGAUUCCCCGGAGCGACUCGAAAAGCUUGAUUCUUUACUCUCAGACUACGAUAUCCUCUCUUUAUCCAAUAUCCAACAGCACUCAGUAAGAAAAAGGGAUCUACAGGCCUCAACACAUUUAGAAACACUACUGACUUUUUCAGCCUUGAAAAGGCAUUUUAAAUUAUACCUGACAUCAAGUACUGAACACUUUUCCCAAAAUUUCAAAGUCGUGGUGGUAGAUGGUAAAGAUGAAAGUGAGUACACCGUCAAAUGGCAGGACUUCUUCAGGGGACACGUAGUUGGUGAGCCUGACUCUAGAGUUCUAGCCCACAUAGGAGAUGAUGAUAUUACAAUAAGAAUCAACACAGAUGGGGCAGAAUAUAAUAUAGAGCCACUUUGGAGACUAAUUAAUGAUACUAAAGACAAAAGAAUAUUAGUUUAUAAAUCUGAAGAUAUUAAGAAUGUUUCACGUCUACAGUCUCCAAAAGUAUGUGGUUAUAUAAAGGCGGAUAAUGAAGAGUUGCUUCCAAAAGGGCUGGUAGACAGAGAGCCACCUGAUGAGCUUGUUCAUCGAGUGAAGAGAAGAGCCGACCCCAAUCCCAUGAAGAACACGUGUAAAUUGUUGGUGGUAGCAGAUCAUCGCUUUUACAGAUACAUGGGCAGAGGGGAAGAGAGUACAACCACGAAUUACUUAAUAGAACUCAUUGACCGAGUGGAUGACAUCUAUCGGAACACUUCAUGGGACAACGCAGGUUUUAAAGGUUAUGGAAUACAGAUAGAGCAGAUCCGCAUUCUCAAGUCUGCACAAGAGGUGAAACCCGGUGAAAGGCACUAUAACAUGGCAAAAAGUUACCCAAAUGAAGAAAAGGAUGCUUGGGAUGUGAAGAUGUUGCUAGAGCAAUUUAGUUUUGAUAUAGCCGAAGAAGCAUCUAAGGUCUGCCUUGCACAUCUUUUCACCUACCAAGAUUUUGAUAUGGGAACCCUUGGGUUAGCUUAUGUCGGUUCUCCCAGAGCCAACAGCCACGGAGGUGUUUGCCCAAAGGCUUAUUAUAGUCCAAUUGGAAAGAAGAAUAUCUAUUUGAAUAGUGGCUUGACCAGCACAAAAAAUUAUGGUAAAACCAUCCUUACAAAGGAAGCCGACCUGGUAACAACUCAUGAAUUGGGACACAAUUUUGGAGCAGAGCAUGAUCCAGAUGGCCUAGCAGAAUGUGCCCCAAAUGAGGACCAGGGAGGAAAAUACGUUAUGUAUCCCAUCGCCGUGAGUGGAGAUCAUGAGAACAAUAAGAUGUUCUCCAACUGCAGCAAGCAGUCGGUCUACAAGACCAUCGAGAGCAAGGCCCAGGAGUGUUUUCAGGAGCGAAGCAACAAGGUGUGUGGGAACUCCAGGGUGGACGAAGGAGAGGAGUGCGACCCCGGCAUCAUGCACCUGAACAACGACACGUGCUGUGGCAGCGACUGCAUGCUGAGGGCCGGCGCGCGGUGCAGUGAUAGGAACAGUCCUUGCUGUAAAAACUGUCAGUUCGAGACUGCCCAGAAGAAGUGCCAAGAGGCGAUCAAUGCUACUUGCAAAGGCGUGUCUUACUGCACAGGUAACAGCAGUGAGUGCCCCCCGCCCGGCAACGCCGCGGACGACACGGUGUGCUUGGAUCUCGGCAAGUGUAAAGAUGGGAAGUGCGUCCCCUUCUGUGAGCGGGAGCAGCAGCGGGAGUCCUGCGCCUGUAAUGAAACCGACAACUCGUGCAAGGUGUGCUGCAGGGACCCCUCGGGCCGGUGUGUGCCCUACGUUGACGCUGAACAGAAGAAUUUAUUCUUGAGGAAAGGGAAGCCCUGUACGGUGGGCUUCUGUGACAUGAAUGGCAAGUGUGAGAAGCGAGUACAGGACGUCAUCGAGCGGUUUUGGGACUUCAUCGACCAGCUGAGCAUCAAUACUUUUGGGAAGUUUUUAGCGGACAACAUCGUAGGUUCCGUCCUGGUUUUCUCCUUGAUAUUUUGGAUCCCCUUCAGCAUUCUUGUCCAUUGCGUGGAUAAGAAACUGGACAAGCAGUAUGAGUCCCUGUCCCUGUUCCACCCCAGCAACGUGGAGAUGCUGAGCAGCAUGGACUCCGCCUCGGUGCGCAUCAUCAAGCCCUUCCCCGCGCCCCAGACGCCCGGCCGCCCGCAGCCCAUGCAGCCCCUGCAGGUCGCCUCCGCGCCGCCGCUGCCCCCUGCCGCCCCCAAACUGGAGCCCCAGAGAAUGGACACGAUCCAGGAGGACCCCAGCAUGGACUCGCACGUGGACGAGGACGGCUUCGAGAAGGACCCCUUCCCCAACAGCGGCACCGCCGCCAAGUCCUUUGAGGACCUCACAGGCCGUCCGGUGCCGAGAAGCGAGAAGGCCGCCUCGUUCAAGCUGCAGCGACAGAACCGCGUGGGCAGCAAGGAGACCGAGUGCUAGGCCGCGGCUCCCGGCACGGGGCUGCGGCCGGCGGACUGGGGAGCCCCGCGUCUGUGCUGCGAGGGUCGGCGGGGGACGAAGGGACCGCGCAGCAGAGGCCGGUCGCGGGUCUGGACCCGUCACACUCGGGAAUUGCUUGUGUGCUGAGGCCCCUGUCCUUUGGGAGAGGUGAGGUGAAUCUGGCUUAUUUUGAGGCUUUCAGGUUUUAGUUUUUUUUUUGGUUUUUAAAAUACCCUUCAACCUGUGGUGCAGAAGCAGAAAAUACAGCUGGAUUAGGUUAUGAAUAUUUACAUUUUUGUAAAUUUACCUUUGUACUGAGAACAGCACUGGUUAAGGAGAUCAGUUUUUGGGGGGUUUUUUGGUGUUUUUUUUAAUACACUGUAAUGAUCCGCUGACUCUUGGGAGGCAUUUAGCAGUUACUUGUGAGGACAACUGGAACACAGAUUUUAUUUUUUGCCUUCAGUAAAGACAAAGGAGAGAAAACAGAGUUAUACGUUCUUUCUCAACUGUGGGCUCUGUUUUUAGGCAUUCCCCAGAGCUUUUAGCAGCAGGGAGAACCACCCAGCUUCCUCCUAAAGAUAGAUGUGUGAACAUGGUUUCCCAAAUUCUGAGGUUAGCACUUUCUAGAAUUAAAAGUCUAGCUUACAAGUAGCCAAACUGAAUGUACAGACUCCUGCCAACUGUUCAGGGCCCCAGUUUGCCGGGAAGUUUGUUUUCUAAGUCUGUCUAGUGCCACUGCCGCACUUAGAACGAGCGCCAUUCAGAAAACCUGAACGGCUUAGAAACGAGAGCGUGGUUUCCUCUUUGCCAACACUAGUGGCCGCGAGGAACGUGAGCUGGUUCUCAUCAGAGAACAGUGGCCGUGAAAGGCCGAGUUGCUGCGCUGAGCAGGGAGGGCCCGCGGCUUUCCGCCGCCACAGCUGGCUCCUGCACACCCCCAGUGGUGACCGCAGGGGACACUGCGUUACUUCCUGCUUUAGUGCUUCAGGGCUGUGUGUGUUUACUUUGUGAAGGAUAAAAAUCAUCAAAUUGAACUCUGAUUUCCUUAAAAUUAAGAGUUAAAAGCUCCCCUUCCCCCCGUACUGAAAUGUGCUCAUAGCCAACACAUUCUAACAGAGAUAAUUUGUAAAUUUUGAGGGCAAUUAACUGAACCUGUGACAAAUCAGAUCUUUUCUUCUAAGGACGUUUAUUAUGCAGAUGCCUGUUGCACUAAUACUUGAACUGAUACCUUGUGGUGUUUGCUGUCUUAACUAGUCGUCAUAGUUUAGUUACGCUCCUGGAAUCGGAUAGGUGAGUGGGUGUAUGUGAGAGUGAACGGUUCCCAGCUCCAUGUAAGAAAAUCGUUUUUUAUAAAAUUAAGACUUUUUAAACAAA